GGCCGUGCGUCACGGGAGCCUGCCGGGCAGCCCCGGCCCCGGGCACCGACACCGGAACCCACCUCCGUCCUGCGUGAGAUUUGCGGAUUUCGGGGUGGGGGGUGGGGGGUGGGGGAAUCAAAACAAUAACAAAAAAAAAAAAAUUCCACCAAAUCCCGGCAAACUUGGCCCGGAAAGGAAUUGCAAAAUCCCCGGGCCGGGAUCACCGGGAGGUUGGGCUGGGUUUGGAGUCGGUUCCCGGCGCUUUCCCGGCACCCACCGCCUGGCAGCCGCUGGCGGGAGGAAAUCGGGGUGUUUUAUCCACGGGAGCCUCGGGAAAAGUCGCUUUGGAUUUAUUUCCUCGCUGGCAACCGGAUCUUUUCCUCCCGGAAAGUGAAACCGCGGGAUCAUCGUCCCACCGAGAUAAAACCUGCGUGGACAUGGCCGAGCCCGGCUCCCGGUCCGGCCGGGGUUUAAAUCCCGUGGGAGCGAGGGAAAUGACCGGGGAAUGUUGUUUUUAACCGGGGCGCUGGGAUCGGGGGGAUCACUCAGACGUACGGACCUUGGUGUCGCCUCGUAAGGGAUUUCUUCUCCAUUUAUUUGUUUGUUUUUUGUUUUUUUUUUUUUUUUAAAUUUCCCUGAGAAACCGGCCAAGCCUUUUCCCACAGCGCGGGUCGGCCCCGGCGUCGAGCGAGUUUGCGGUUAUCGCCGGGGGGGGGGUGGCGGUUGUUUUUUUGGCUGUGGGGAUUGCGUGACGCCGUGGUUUUCCCCCCCACACACCCCCCCACGCACCCACACACCUCCCCUUCACCGCCCCGGGACCGGCCAUGGCGUUGAAAGCCAGAGCGCUUUACAACUUCCAGAGCGAAAACAAAGAGGAGAUCAGCAUCCAGGAGAACGAGGAGCUCAUCAUCUUCAGCGAGAACUCCCUGGACGGGUGGUUACAGGGUCAAAACAGCCGCGGGGAGACCGGCCUCUUCCCUGCCUCCUACGUCGAAAUCCUCCGCUCCCGGUCGAGCUCCAACUACACGGACUACUCCAGCAGCCCGGCCGGCUCCCCCGGACACGACUCCUCCUUCUACACGGAGACCCCCAACCCCGGCAUCUCCUACCAGGGCAGUUUUGAGGAUGACGAUGAUGAUGAUUGGGAUGACUGGGACGAUGCUUGCACGGUGGUGGAGGAGCCCCGGAGCGCGCCAGGCACCAACGGGCACCCUUCGCCCAACCUGCAGUACCCGGCGGCGUACGGCCACCAUCAGUACGCCGGUUACCGUCCCAAACCGGCGUUGGAGAGGCAGGACAGCAUGAGCUCCUCCAAGAGGGGUAGCGUGGUGGGGAGGAACCUCAACCGCUUCUCCUGCUUCGUCCGCUCGGGGGUGGAAGCCUUCAUCCUGGGCGACGUGCCCCUGAUGUCCAAGAUCGCCGAGGCGUACUGCAUCGAGAUGGGCUCCAAAGGACCCCAGUGGAGGGCGAACCCCCACCCCUUCAUCUGCUCUGUGGAGGACCCGACCAAGCAAACCAAGUUCAAGGGCAUCAAGAGCUACAUCUCCUACAAGCUGACCCCCAGCAACAUCAACUCGCCCGUCUACCGGCGGUACAAGCACUUUGACUGGCUCUACAACCGCCUCCUGCACAAGUUCACGGUCAUCUCGGUGCCCCACCUGCCCGAGAAGCAGGCCACCGGGCGCUUCGAGGAGGACUUCAUCGAGAAGCGCAAGCGGCGGCUGAUCCUCUGGAUGGACCAUAUGACCAGCCACCCCGUCCUCUCCCAGUACGAGGGCUUCCAGCACUUCCUCUGCUGCCGCGACGAGAAGCAGUGGAAGCUGGGCAAACGCCGGGCGGAGAAGGACGAGAUGGUGGGCGCCAGCUUCCUCCUCACCAUCCAGAUCCCCACAGAGCACCAGGACCUGCAGGAUGUGGAGGACCGAGUGGAUGCCUUCAAGGCCUUCAGCAAGAAGAUGGAUGACAGCGUCCUGCAGCUGACCAACGUGGCCUCGGAGCUGGUGCGCAAGCACGUGGGGGGCUUCCGGAAGGAGUUCCAGAAGCUGGGCAACGCUUUCCAAGCCAUCAGCCACUCCUUCCACAUGGACCCCCCCUACAGCUCAGACGCCCUCAACAACGCCAUCUCCCACACGGGCAAGACAUACGAGACCGUGGGGGAGAUGUUCGCCGAGCAGCCCAAGAACGACCUGUUCCUCAUGCUGGACACUCUCUCCUUGUACCAAGGGCUCCUCUCCAACUUCCCAGACAUCAUCCACCUCCAGAAAGGAGCCUUCGCGAAGGUGAAGGAGAGCCAGCGGAUGAGCGACGAGGGCCGGAUGGACCAGGAGGAGGCGGACGGGAUCCGCAAGCGCUGCCGUGUGGUAGGUUUCGCCCUGCAAGCCGAGAUGAACCACUUCCACGAGCGGCGCGUGGCCGACUUCAAGAGGAUGAUGCAGUCUUACUUAAAGCAGCAGAUCGUCUUCUACCAGCGCGUCAGCCAGCAGCUGGAGAAGACGUUACGCAUGUACGACAACCUCUAACGCCUCCGCUUGCUGCCCCGCCGAAAUCACGCACUUCUCUAUCCGCAGCCUUGCAGACCUACUCUGUUUGUGAACGGGCUGAGAACGAACGGCAACUCAUGACGCUAGUGACCAAAUACCUUCGGGCUUUCCUCCCCCUUCCCGGGCGGGCAGGCUGCGGUCCCGCGGGGAAGGGCUCGCCCGCGGGCUGGCCGUGCCACCUCUUUCCCUGGGGACCUCCCGCCCCGCCGCGGGUCUGGCGGGGAUGCUGGGGGGGGGUCACAAGAGAGAUGGACGUGGAGGUAACGGCACCGCUGUCUCUGCCCGGUGAUUUUUAGCUUUCUGAAAACCCUUCCUCCCGGAGCAGAGGGGUGGGUGCAUCCCAGCCCGCUGGGAGAAGAAAUCAAAAGCGGUCGACAUUUUGCACACUAAAAGCUUUUUCUGAUGGAAAAAAGGAGAAGAAAAAGAUCUUUAUUUGGAAAAGAAUGAUUUUUUUUUUUUUUGUCACGAGAUAUUUUCAAUAUUUUCCAUUUUUUGCAAAUGUUUCUGCAGCAUUUUUACCAAUCAGUUUUUAAAUAGACACACAGAGGCGAAGGGAAAUCUCUUUCUCGAGCAUGGCUGUUGACUGGGAAAAGGGAAAAGAAAAAAAAAGAAAAAAAAUAAAAGCCCCACAGCCUUUUCAAUAAAAUUGUCAGUAGAAAAAACACCCACCUCCUUCCCAGAGACGUCUGUGGAAAACGGAGCUGCUCCAGAAUCCCAGGGAAGGCUCCGCAUCCGAGCAUCCCCUGGCUUCCAGCCAGCUUCCGAAAAAUCCCCGUACCGUGGGUGGCGCCCGGGGGGGGGGGGCUGAGCGCCGAGCAGGGGGGUGUCCGUCCCUGUGCCCCGCACUGGCUGCCCUCCCGCUCUCCAAACAGCCCACCG